CCUCAAAGCUUCUACAACUACUAAGGGCAGCAAAUCUCCUGCAAAGGUGGGUGACGUGGGCAGUAGCAGUACAGACUUUAAGAUGGUAUCCUCUGGCCUCACUGAAAACCAGUUACAGCUCUCUGUGGAGGUCUUGACGUCCCACUCUUGUUCUGAAGAAGGCCUAGAGGAUGCAGCUAAUGUGCUAUUGCAGCUCUCUCGGGGAGACUCUGGGACACGGGACACUGUUCUCAAGCUGCUACUGAAUGGAGCUCGCCACCUGGGUUAUACGCUCUGUAAACAGAUAGGUACCUUGCUGGCCGAGCUGCGGGAAUACAACCUGGAACAGCAGCGGCGAGCCCAGUGUGAAACCCUCUCUCCUGAUGGCUUACCCGAGGAGCAGCCACAGACCACCAAGCUGAAAGGCAAAAUGCAGAGCAGGUUUGACAUGGCUGAGAAUGUGGUAAUUGUGGCAUCUCAGAAGCGACCUUUGGGUGGCCGGGAGCUCCAGCUGCCUUCUAUGUCCAUGUUGACAUCCAAGACAUCUACCCAGAAGUUCUUCUUGAGGGUACUGCAGGUCAUCAUCCAGCUCCGGGACGACACACGGCGAGCUAACAAGAAAGCCAAGCAGACAGGCAGGCUAGGUUCCUCCGGUUUAGGCUCAGCUAGCAGCAUCCAGGCAGCUGUUCGGCAGCUGGAGGCUGAGGCUGAUGCCAUUAUACAAAUGGUACGUGAGGGUCAAAGGGCGCGGAGACAGCAACAAGCAGCAACGUCGGAGUCUAGCCAAUCAGAGGCAUCUGUGCGGAGGGAAGAGUCACCCAUGGAUGUGGACCAGCCAUCUCCCAGUGCUCAAGAUACUCAGUCAAUCGCCUCAGAUGGGACACCACAGGGGGAGAAGGAAAAGGAAGAGAGGCCACCUGAAUUACCCCUGCUCAGUGAGCAGCUGAGCCUGGACGAGCUGUGGGACAUGCUGGGGGAGUGUUUAAAGGAGCUGGAAGAAUCCCAUGACCAGCAUGCGGUGCUAGUGCUACAGCCUGCCGUCGAGGCCUUCUUUUUGGUCCAUGCCACAGAACGGGAGAGCAAGCCUCCUAUCCGAGACACCCGCGAGAGCCAGCUGGCACACAUUAAGGACGAGCCUCCUCCACUCUCCCCUGCCCCCUUAACCCCAGCCACGCCUUCCUCUCUUGACCCAUUCUUCUCCCGGGAGCCCUCGUCUAUGCACAUCUCCUCAAGCCUGCCCCCUGACACACAGAAGUUCCUUCGCUUUGCAGAGACUCACCGCACUGUGUUAAACCAGAUCUUACGGCAGUCCACCACCCACCUUGCUGAUGGACCUUUUGCUGUCCUGGUAGACUACAUCCGUGUCCUCGACUUUGAUGUCAAGCGCAAAUAUUUCCGCCAAGAGCUGGAGCGUUUAGAUGAGGGGCUCCGGAAAGAAGACAUGGCUGUGCAUGUCCGCCGUGACCAUGUGUUUGAAGACUCCUAUCGUGAACUGCAUCGCAAAUCCCCUGAAGAAAUGAAGAAUCGAUUGUAUAUAGUGUUUGAAGGAGAAGAAGGACAGGAUGCUGGAGGGCUCCUGCGGGAGUGGUAUAUGAUCAUCUCUCGAGAGAUGUUUAAUCCUAUGUAUGCCUUGUUCCGUACCUCACCUGGUGAUCGAGUCACCUAUACCAUUAAUCCAUCUUCCCACUGCAACCCCAACCACCUCAGCUACUUCAAAUUUGUUGGACGCAUUGUGGCCAAAGCUGUAUAUGACAACCGCCUCCUGGAGUGCUAUUUUACUCGAUCCUUCUAUAAACACAUCUUGGGCAAGUCUGUCAGAUACACGGAUAUGGAGAGUGAAGAUUACCACUUCUACCAGGGCUUGGUUUAUAUGUUGGAAAAUGAUGUCUCCACACUAGGCUAUGACCUCACCUUCAGCACUGAGGUCCAGGAGUUUGGAGUCUGUGAAGUUCGUGACCUCAAACCUAAUGGGGCCAACAUCUUGGUAACAGAGGAGAAUAAGAAGGAGUAUGUACACCUGGUGUGCCAGAUGAGAAUGACAGGAGCCAUUCGCAAGCAGCUGGCGGCUUUCUUAGAAGGCUUCUAUGAGAUCAUUCCAAAGCGCCUCAUUUCCAUCUUCACUGAGCAGGAGCUAGAGUUGCUCAUUUCAGGACUGCCCACCAUCGACAUUGAUGAUCUGAAAUCCAACACUGAAUACCACAAGUACCAGUCCAAUUCGAUUCAGAUCCAAUGGUUCUGGAGAGCAUUGCGUUCUUUUGACCAAGCUGACCGUGCCAAGUUCCUCCAGUUUGUCACAGGUACUUCCAAAGUGCCCCUGCAAGGUUUUGCUGCCCUCGAAGGCAUGAAUGGCAUUCAGAAGUUUCAGAUCCAUCGAGAUGACAGGUCCACAGAUCGCCUCCCUUCAGCUCACACGUGUUUUAAUCAACUGGAUCUGCCUGCCUAUGAGAGCUUUGAGAAGCUCCGCCACAUGCUACUAUUGGCCAUCCAGGAGUGCUCUGAAGGCUUUGGGCUGGCCUAAUAAGGCCCUGCCCACCUCUGUGGGGGUUUUUCUACCAUUGUUGGACCUGGGGAGGGGGGAAACUAAAAAAGAACCAGAAAGAAAUUGUCAAAAACCAAUAAAUGAAAUCCACCAACUCACCAUGUGUGUGUCCCAGCUGCCCCAUCUUCCCCAGCUCAUACCUUUUCAUCCUCUCCUGUUCAUCCUCUCUUCCUCUCCCAUUUCCUCACCUUCUCUCUUCUUUCCAUGCCGUCCAUGAUCCCCACCCCAUGUGUUUAAAAGGCAGUAGCCUUUGCAGGGACCUGUUUGUCCCAACUGUUUGAACAGUGUGCUCCUCAGAUUCUGUGUUCAGAAGGAUUUGCUGCAUUGAGACUUGAAACCUUUGGAUAGGAGAAAAAAUUAUAUAUAUAUAUAUUUUUUUGUUCUGUUUGCAUUUCUUAAUUUGUGCUUGGAAUGUGUUGAUGUGCACAGCUAAUGAUUCAAUGCGAGACAAGAUUGGCGUCUGUGUUGUGGAGGUUUCAAAUAAAGAGCACUCUUCAUAACUCA